GUAAUAUCUGGUAGGUGGGGGCUGAUAGGUGGAUCGGUGGGCCUUGUCAAAUAUAAAGCGGCAGAUCCCUGAACAGACCUCAGGAGGGAAGACGUUCAACUAAGAGCGCGAAAAUAACAGAAUGGCCUUGCUCAAGAUUGCUUUGAUUCUCUUCAUUUCUCUUGAAGGCUGUGCUUUGACUUCGAGUUUUGAUCUCGACGGUCAGCAAAAUAUUCCAGAUUCCUCAAGAGCAAAUGGGGACGUCUGCAAGGACUGUACCCAAAUAUUUGAACUCCUCGCUGACAUGAUUUCCAAUGCAGACCUCCAGAAAAAGAUCAUGGACGACAUUGAAAAACUGUGUGACCACAUUCCUGGACCAGCUGCCAAAAUCUGCAAAGAAGAAGUGGAGAAGAUGUUCCCUCUGGCAGUCAACUUCCUCACUACUUUUGUAAAACCAGCACAGGUCUGCAAAGUCCUUGGGCUCUGUGGCACCUGCGAUGAACAGGAGAAGAUGCUUCGGUAUUUUGCCAAGGAAGCCCUUCAGGCUGCUGCGAGAAGUGAAAAUGUGCAGUCCACAUCACAAUGCUCCUUCUGCAUUUUUCUUUUCAAGACUUUGGAGGACUUGCUGCCUAAAGAAAGAACUGAGACCAUUGUGAUCCAACUGCUGGAGGAGAUUUGUCACAUUUUGCCCUCCUCCUACCGAGAUCAGUGCGAGGCUGUGAUUGGCAAGUUUAGCAAGGUGGUGCUGGACGCAAUCCUGCGCUACGCCACCCCUCAGGCCAUCUGCUCGCUCAUCCACCUGUGUAAAGGGCAGGAGGCUCCUCUUGUAGACCCGUGCACUUUGAGGACAUACAGGUGCAGAGAUAUCCAGACUGCCGUCAAAUGUGGAACGGUGUUUUACUGCCACAGAUUCGCCUGGAAGCCUCUCACCUACAACACCAUUUGAAAUGUUGAGGGUGGGACUUAAAAUAUGAGUCAACCCUGGCGUCCCCACGGAUGACCCAGAUCUUUCACUGUCAAGCUGCAAAUAUUUCUCUGUUUGACACCUGUGGCAUUCUGCCUGAUAGCAUUCCUUUUAGAUACUGAUUUGAUAUCUUGCUAUAUACAUACAGUCUGCAUUGAGUGAAGAAAACCAGGACUUAGCUAGGUAAAAUAUGAUGGACAAAAGGACUAUUUGAAUUUAAGAACUAAAAGGAAUGUUGAAAAGAUACGAAAGACCAACUGUAGGAUCAAGAUGAUCAGGACGCUGAAGGAAGAAAUGCUUCUCAAUCAUUCUUUAUGCUUACAAUUUUUCCAGUUUUAACCAACCAUGUAUUUUUAAUUUUUUUAAUUCAACUGACCUUAUUUGCUUUAAAGACUUCUCUUUUUGUAAUCUUUCAGACAUGAUCUAAUCUGAAUGACUGUUAAAUAAAGUAUAUAUGUCUAUCACUGUCUGUGAAACAUCAAUAGAGCUGAUUUCUCUUCAAGUAUUUUUUAAAAAAUAAAUAAUUUAUCUCCCGCA